ACAUAAUACACAUCCUCAUCCACCAUCAAAUCAUGAAUAACCAAUCAUCAAGCAUUCCUACAGUGCUAUUGACCAACGAUGAUGGACCUUGUUCAAGCUCCGAAUCUCCUUUCAUCCUUUCAUUCUCUCGUCAUCUUCGAUCCGCUUUCCUAGGUUCAUCACCAGAAAAACUAAAAGUAGUCUUACCAGAUUCCCAAAAAUCAUGGAUCGGUAAAGCUUACAUCAUCAAAGAUACCAUUUCACUUAGUUAUUUUGAUCCAGAAAGUUCAAGAAGAUCAGAUCAACCAAUCAAAGAUUUAAAUCAUCAAGAAGAUCAAUGGAUCUUAUUAAGUGGUACACCUGCAAGUUGUUCUAACAUUUCAUUAUUCAAUUUAUUUCCCAAUCAAAUCGAUUUAAUCAUCUCAGGUCCAAAUUAUGGUCGAAACACAAGUAGUGCCUUUAGUCUUUCUUCUGGUACGAUUGGUGCUUCUUUAGAUGCUGCUCUAUCAAAUCAUAAAACUAUUGCUUUGUCUUAUGGAAUCUUUCAAAGACCGGUUUCGGAUGAGAUUCUUGAAGCGGCUAAUCAGAUUGCUGUGAAGAUUAUCAAACAACUUUGGGUUUCGGGAUUUGUUCAACCUGAUCAAGAAGCUGAUCAUGUACACCUUUAUAGUGUUAACAUUCCGCUUGUACCAGCCAUCUUGACCGAUCCACAGGUGAUUUGGACCACUGAAGCCCACACUCGUUAUGGUCGACUAUUCUUACCUUCUUCAACAGCCAAACCUGCCGCACCUGCAGAAAUCGACGAAGCUUCUGCAUCCUCAACUGAAUUAACAUCCUCUGAGGCUCCUACAACAGUUUCUUCUGAACACCCUGCCAAAUUUAUCUUCAAACCUGAUAUCAGUGCACUUGUGGACCCUAAUGCGACUCAUCAUCCAGUUGGAAGUGAUGCUUGGGCUCUUAACAAAGGAUUAUGUACUGUAACACCUUUACGUGCGGCUUUUGCGGCUGCUCGACAACCUACAACUAUUGAAGAACUUGAUAAAGAUGGCAUAAAGGUUUGGAAACUUUGAUUAAGUUUGGAACAAGAAUGUUAGCUUGAAAGAGGUUUAGGAUUUAUAGAUUUUUGUUUGAUCUUGUACCAGACUGUUUUUGAAUGUGUAGUAUGAUUUGCAUUUGAUUUACUUAUUCUUUUGGCAAGUGAUGAUUUCAUUUAAUUUUUCAAUUCGAGUUUAGCAAUAUAGGUUUUGGAGAAACAGUCAAAACAGCGUAGAGGGCCUCAAUUGGAUGAAAUUGAAGUUUUGGGAUUC